AUGGAGAAGGCUCUGGCUUUGAGAGACAAAGUGAAGAAUCAUCCCGUGCUGAAGAAAGAAAACCUGAACCCCAAAACCUGGAUGACAGCUGAGAAUGUCAAGGGCUUCACAGACUUCAUCCUGCACAGGGAGACCGACCCGGGGACAGACACCAGUUUCGACAAUGCGCAGAUGUUGCUAGAGUCCGAGAGGGAUUACAUGGAGGCAGCAAAGAAAAACGACGUUGCGACCAUGAAGCUUCUUGGAAGGAGUGUCAACGUCAACGCCAAGAAUGUGCACGACCGCACCGCGCUACACUACGCAGUGGCGGGGAGAAACACGGAGGCUGUGGAGAUCCUGCUUCGGAGGAGAGCAAAGCUGGAUCUGCAGGACAAGCACGGGGUGACCCCCAUCCACCUGGCCGCUUGGUUCGGGAGCUUGACCAUCCUGAAAUUAUUGGUUCAGGGUGGAGCUGACCAGAAGAUCGAAAAUCAGGAAGGAAUGAACAUUCUGCACUGUGCUGCCAUCAACAACCACACAGACAUCGUUAAGUACAUUGUAAAUGACCUGCAGAUGAAAGAGCUGGAUAAGAAAGACCUGUCAGGGAACAGAGCCUUCUCCCUGGCAGCGCAGCAUGGCUGUGUGGAGAUGCUGGAGCUGCUGAUGGAGGAGCAGUACAACAUGGCCACAAUGGAGGAAGACCAGAACGGGAACACACCUUUGCACCUGGCAGCCAAGAACGGGCACCUGGAGGUUGUUCAGCUCCUGCUGGAGCGCUUUGACAACCGCAAUGAAGUCAAUAAGGCUGGAGAGACAGCACUGUACCUAGCUGCAGAGGAGACCCAGGAGGAGUGUGUCAAGGCCUUGCUGGAAGCUGGCUGUGAUGCUAACAUUGUCACUACGGAGAAAAGCAGCUGUUUGCAUCCUGUCUCUGAAAAGGGUCAUACCUCACUUGUGAAGCUCCUCAUUGAAAAUGGCAUGGAUAUGAACUUUCAGAAUCAGCACCAGCAGGCCGCCCUCCACCUGGCAGUGAAGAAUGGAUACAUCCCUGUUAUCCACACACUCCUGGAGUCUGGUUGCAACGUCAACGUGGCAGAUCAAAGGGGCCAAACCAGCCUCCAUAUUGCAGCAGAAAUGGGCAAGGUGGACAUUGUGGAAAUGAUCCUGAAAGCCGGGCCAGACCUGGCCCUCCAAGACAAGCAAGCUAAGACGGCUCUCGGAGUGGCAGCCAGGGCCGACAUGGUUAUCAUUGUGGACAUGAUCAUCAAAGCGGAACGAUAUUUCGCGUGGAAGAAGGCAAACGCGGAAAGUAAUGAAAGCCUUCACGACCAAUCUCCGCUGACAUUCAAAUUAGACCACAGAGCGGAGACCAGGCAGAUCCGCACCACCAUCUGGAACCUGGCUUACAAACUGCUCAAGCCCCACGACUGGAAGAAGCUGGCCCAGCACUGGCUCUUCAACGAGCAGCAAGUGGCGGCCAUCGAGGAGCAGUGGACAGGCCUCAGGAGUUACCAGGAACAUGGGAACCGAAUGAUGCUCAUCUGGCUUCACGGAGCUUUAAUUACGCACCAGAGCCUGGCCAAAGAGCUGCACGAAGGUCUCCUCUCCAUUGGAAGCAAGAGCGUAGCAGACAAAAUAAGACUUGAAACAACUGGCACUGAAAUGAGGAAAUGCACCGUCUCAUGA